AUGGUUGGCCCUGCCGUCCCUCCUGCUACAGCCGGCCCCAGCUUUCCUCCCACUACAGGUAGUCCAGGCUUCCCUCCUGCUACAGCCGUUCCUGGAUUUGCACCUGCUACAGCUGGCGCUGACUUUCCUCCCGCUACAGCUGCAGGUUGCACUCCCAGCCUGCCAGCCGCUACAGCCAUGACAGGGGCAGAACUUUCUUUACCUCCCUCUGAGGGCUGUGGUUUCGCUGCUACAGCUGAAGGAUGUGGCUUUGCUGGCUGCCCUUUGCCUGUUGACGGCUGGACUCCAGUGGGAGCUGUAGCAGGGGCAGGAACACGGGCAGGAGUAGGGGCAGGAGCACGGGCAGGUGUAGGGGCAGAAACACGGGCAGGUGUAGGGGCAGAAACACGGGCAGGUGUAGGGGCGGAAACACGGGCAGGCACAGGGGUAGAAACAAGGGCAGGCACAGGGGCAGAAACACGGGCAGGCGUAAGGGCAGGAGAAGGGGUAGAUGCAGAUGCACUUGCACUUGAAGAAGCAGCAGCGGGAGGGGUUGCGGCAGUAGGGGGGGGGGUGGGUGAUUUGGCUGCUGCUGUUGCUGCAGGGGAGACAGUGGUCGGUUGGGGUGUUAGUGGAGCCUUGGCUGACGAAGAAGUUGGAGGAGUGGGUGCUUUGGUUACGGCAGGGGCAGGCUGGGGUGUUGGUGGAGGCUUGGCCGCACCAGCAGUUGCAGGCUUGGCAGCUGGAGGUUUGGCAGCAGCAGUCGGCGACACCGCCACAGCAGGUUUGGAAACAGCUGCAGCAGUAGCAGGCUUGGAAACGGCAGUGAUAGGUUUGGAAACAGCAGCUGCAGCACCAGUAGAAGGGGGGUUGGGUGCAGCAGCAUUCGCACCAGAAGGACGGGAAGCGGCAGAUGCAGCAGUAGGCGCGGGGGCAGGACUAACGAGUGGAGCAGUGACAGGCGGAGCCACAUUGGGAUUGGGCGUUGCUUCUGCUCCUGCUGGUGCUGCUUUACCCAUGGAGCUGGGGGCAGGAGGGGAUGAGGGCUUGGUUGCUGGCGCUGCUGGUGCCCCUGCUGGCGCUGAUUUACCUGUGGAACUGGGGGCAGGAGGAGAUGAGGGCUUGGGCACUGCUGUUGCAGGCGUUGACGCUGCUGCUCCUGCUGGCGCUGCUUUACUUGUCAAGCUGGGGGAGGGGGAAGAUGAGGGUUUGGGUGCUGCUUGCGGAGCUGCUGGCGUUGCUGCUGGCGUUAGUGUUACUGAACCUGCUUUCCCUGGGCCGCUGGGAGGAGGAGCAACGGCAGGCGACAGUUUGAGAGCCGCUGCUUGCGGAGCUGCUGGCGUUGCUGCUGGCGCUGCUGGCAUUGGUGUUACUGAACCUGCUUUCCCUGGGCCGCUGUAA